AUGGCUCAAACGGAAGAAAAAGGAAAGCUAUUUGUUGGGGGACUUAGCUGGGAAACCACACAAGCUUCUCUCAUGACAUAUUUCAGCAAAUUUGGUGAGGUCCAGGAUUGUGUGGUAAUAACGAACCCAGCGACGGGCAAGUCAAGGGGAUUUGGAUUCGUCACGUUCAAGGACCCUGCCUGUGUGGACACAGUUCAGGCAGCUGGUCCUCACAUCCUGGACGGCAAACAGAUUGACCCAAAUGGAUGCAAUCGUAAAAAAGUACCAAAAGGAGCUAAGGGCGCAGAAAAUUGCAAAAAGAAAUUAUUUGUCGGGGGCCUGCCAGCCAACAUCGAUGAGGCCCAACUCAGGGAGGGCUUUGGUAGUUAUGGGAAGAUCAAUGAAGUUGUCAUCGUUUACGACCAACAAAAGCAGAAGCCGAGAGGCUUUGGAUUUUUGACAUUCGAGAGUGAAGAUAGCGUCGAUAAGAUUGUCAAGGAGAGGUUUGUCUUGCUAAAUGGCAAACAGCUGAAGCAACAAAGUGCGUCUAACUUAGAACGAGUCAGGUGUUCACGCUAA